UACCCGGUAUGGUGUGUGUGUAUGUUUUUGGACACCGCACACAGGGAUGUUUGGGACAGAAGUGACCGACAGCGGGAGCGACGCCGAAUCCCGGUUUCAACUGUAAACACGUGUGUAGAUCAGCUGUUUUUACACUGGAGCUUCACAAACAGAGCUCGCCUGGACGCGUGACAGAGUUUGAGAGCGCGCCUGGUUGAUUUCAAGGGGAUUAAAGUUUUUUUUAACUACCUCAGAAUGAGUGACCUAGACGAAGACUUCGCGAAGAUUUUAAUGCUGAAGGAGGAGAGGAUACGAGAUCUUGAGAGGCGUUUGCUGGAGCGAGAAGACGAAAUCAGCGAGCUGAAGAGAAAGCUGCACAAAUGUCAGUCCGUUUUACCGAGCGCGCAGAUCGGCCCGCGGACACACCGCGCGCAGGGAAUAUCAGCCGAACCGCAAACGCACCAGGAUUUAUCAAACCAAAGCUUUAGGAGAGUUGCCAAAUCGGACAGGUCAAAGGAUCUGAUCAAGGCGGCUAUCCUGGACAACGACUUCAUGAAGAAUCUGGAAAUGUCUCAGAUCCAGGAGAUUGUGGAUUGUAUGUAUCCAGUGGACUAUGACAAAAACAGCUGUAUUAUUAAAGAAGGCGAUGUGGGCUCCCUCGUCUACGUCAUGGAAGAUGGUAAGGUUGAAGUGACUAAAGAAGGACUGAAGUUGUGUACCAUGGGACCAGGAAAAGUGUUUGGAGAGCUCGCCAUCCUUUAUAACUGCACCAGAACGGCCACUGUGAGAACGGUGACCAGUGUGAAGUUAUGGGCCAUCGACAGACAGUGUUUCCAGACCAUCAUGAUGAGGACAGGCCUAAUCAAACAUGCAGAGUACAUGGAGUUAUUGAAGAGUGUGCUGACGUUCCGGGGUCUUCCAGAAGAAAUAUUGAGCAAACUGGCUGAUGUCCUGGAGGAGACCCACUAUGAGGACGGCAACUACAUCAUUCGCCAGGGGGCAAGAGGAGACACUUUCUUUAUUAUCAGCAAAGGAAAGGUGACGAUGACGAGGGAGGACUGUCCUGGUCAAGAGCCUGUUUACCUGCGGUCAAUGGGGAGAGGAGAUUCAUUUGGGGAAAAAGCUCUGCAAGGGGAGGACAUCAGAACGGCAAACGUCAUCGCAGCAGAGACCGUCACCUGUCUCGUGAUAGACAGAGACUCUUACAAACAUCUGAUCGGAGGUCUGGAAGAUGUUUCCAACAAAGGCUGUGAAGAUGCUGAAGCAAAAGCAAAAUACGAGGCCGAGAAUGCCUUUUUCUCCAAUCUAAACCUGUCUGAUUUCAACAUCAUCGACACUCUUGGAGUUGGAGGAUUUGGACGUGUUGAACUGGUUCAGCUGAAGAGUGAUGAGAUGAAGACGUUUGCGAUGAAGAUCUUGAAGAAGCGUCACAUUGUGGACACGAGACAGCAGGAGCACAUCCGCUCCGAGAAGCUCAUCAUGCAGGAGGCACAUUCAGAUUUUAUAGUCAGACUCUACCGCACAUUUAAGGACAGUAAAUACCUCUAUAUGCUGAUGGAGGCCUGUUUAGGUGGAGAAUUAUGGACAAUCCUGAGAGACCGGGGAAACUUUGACGAUUCAACGACGCGGUUUUACACAGCAUGUGUGGUGGAGGCCUUCGCUUAUCUGCAUUCCAAAGGCAUCAUAUACAGAGACCUCAAACCAGAGAACCUGAUACUCGACCACAGAGGAUACGCCAAACUGGUGGAUUUUGGCUUUGCUAAGAAGAUCGGCUUUGGGAAGAAGACGUGGACGUUCUGUGGUACUCCAGAGUAUGUGGCUCCAGAGAUCAUCCUGAAUAAAGGACACGACAUCUCUGCAGAUUACUGGUCUCUCGGUAUCCUCAUGUACGAGCUGCUGACCGGCAGUCCUCCUUUCUCAGGACCAGAUCCGAUGAAAACGUACAACAUCAUUCUUAGAGGCAUCGAUAUGAUUGAAUUCCCCAAGAAAAUAACCAAAAAUGCUGCCAAUCUCAUCAAAAAGCUAUGCAGAGACACUCCUUCUGAAAGAUUAGGAAACUUGAAAAACGGUGUCAAAGACAUCCAGAAGCACAAAUGGUUUGAAGGGUUUAACUGGGAUGGACUGAGAAAGGGGACGCUGAUGCCCCCCAUCAUCCCUAAUGUAACCUCAUCUACGGACACCAGUAACUUCGACAGCUUUCCAGAGGACAACGAAGACCCACCGCCUGAUGAUAACUCAGGCUGGGAUAUAGACUUCUAAAAACUCAUGUGCACAAACACACAACACUGCUCACGCCAGACUGGAUAAACCAACAUGCUACACUACUGUAUGGACUGAAGGAAUGUGGAAAAAGCAGAAGGUCUGAGCCCAUCGUGACGUAAAGUGACUGUGAAGGAGAUCCAGACACACACGAAAAACUAUCAAGUGAGCGUGUAUGUGUGUGUGUUCACAUCUGACCUAUAAUAAUCACCUUUACUGUGAGAUAACAGAGACGACAGUCCAAUUACGGAAAAGGAUGUGACCUCAAUGACUUGUUCUUCUCCCUGAUUGGCUGCGAACUCUUCAUUCACCAAUCCGUGUGCAGACUACUCUAAAGAAGACCAGGAGGCCAGACAGACCUGAAUGUCGCUCUUCACGUAAUACGGUUGUGGUCAAAAUUAUUGGCACUCUUGGUAAAUAUGAGCAAAACAACCUGCAUUUUAAA